UCUUCUGCUCUGGCUGCUGCACAGCAGGACCCCACCCAGGAAGGGCCCCCAGACCUGCCAUCUGCACCCAGGGAGAAAGGGCCAGUUGAAGUCCCUUGAGGCUUCUGACUUUCUCAGUGUGUUUACUCGGGGUCCCUGAAGGACACCCUUCUUCCAGGGCACCCAGAGGGGCCCUGUCUCUGAGUCCUCUGGGUGAACUCUUCUAAGGAUCUUUGCCUUUGCCCAGCAGAGCUAUGGCCUUGGCCUCUAAACUUCCAGCACCAGCUUUCCUGUCCCCACAGCUGGAGGUGGCUGUCCCCAUCCUGCCUGCAUGUGGAACUCUCCCUGGGUCUGUGUGACAAGAAAUAAAGAGCUGUGGGGCAGAGCCCGAGUCCAGGACAUUUGGCGGCCAAUACUCACCAAGUGAAUUCGCAGGGAAUCUCAACCAGAGGCAGAGAGGGGAGGGCGCAGUCACACCUUCUCUGAGGUCCAUUCAAGGACAGCCUGAUGACCUUCACACCCCACCUGAGGGCCUGCCUUCCCUCUGCCUUGAGAAGUUUGAUUCUACAGAAGAAAACAAACAUGAGGAACAUGUCCAGCGUAGCCGGGGGUCUCCGAGCCGCCAGCGUGGUCAUCCUGCACAAGUCUCUUGCUCCGGACUUUGAACGCUUUUGCCAGGCCAACCGUGGCCCUCUGCCCCUGCUGGGCCGAAGCCAGCCGGGCAAGUGGACAGUGCCCGCCCCAGACUCCAGGAUGGGUUGUCCCCAGUUCCAGAAGUACGAGUCUGGUGCCUGCACAGGCAGCCUGAUGUCCCUGGAGGAGAACUCGGAGCAGCUGAAGGACAUGGUGGCCUUUGUCCUGGGUUGCGGCGUCUCCCUAGAAGCGGUCUUGGAGAAGGCGGGGCUCCCCAGAAGAGACCCAGCAGGUCAUAGCCACGCAGGUGCUUACAAGACGACAGUGCCUUGUGCCUCUGUGGCUGGCUUUGGCUGCCCCCUGGUGGUCACAAUGAGGCCCAUUCCCAAGGACAAGCUGGAAAGGCUGGUGCAGGCCAGUUGCUCUGUGCAGGCUGAGCUCGGACCACCCAUUCACAUGGGCGACCCAGAACUGUUGGGAAUCAAAGAUCUUUCCAAACCUGACUAUGGGGAUCCCGUGGCGUGUCAGCCCGGAGACGUGCCAGUGUUCUGGCCUUCUCCACUGACCAGUCUCGAAGCCGUCAGCAGCUGCAAGACCCCACUGGCGUUUACUAGUGCACCGGGUUGCACGGUUAUGACAGACCUGAAGGAUACAGAGGCCAGCUGUCUCGCCCCUGAGGGAUUUCCAGAGGUUCAUCUCAUUUCCCAAGAUCCUUUGCACUAUAGCAUCGCCUCAGCGCCAGCUAUUCAGAAGAUCCGAGAACUGGAGGCUAUAAUUGGCAUAGACCCAGGCAACCGGGGGAUCGGGCACCUACUGUGUAAAGACGAGCUGCUGAAGGCCUCUCUGUCGCUGUCCCAUGCCCGCUCCGUGCUCAUCACCACCGGCUUCCCCACACAUUUCAAACACGAGCCUCCGGAAGAGACAGAUGGCCCGCCUGGAGCCUUUGCUCUGGCUGCCUUCCUGCAGGCCUUGGAGAAGGAGGUCACCAUGGUUGUUGACCAGAGAGCCUUGAGUUUGUACCAGAAGCUUGUUGACGAGGCCCUUGAGCACGGUGUUCUGAACACACGGAUCCCACUGGUAACUUACCAAAGUGGGUCAGCAGGAGCUGCUCAGGUGUUUCUAUGCAAAGACGGGGACCCCAGGUCACCUAGGUUCGACCACCUGGUGGCCAUUGAGCGGACGGGUAGGGCAGCCGACGGGAACCACUACAACGCCAGGAAGGUGAACAUCAAGCACUUGGCGGACCCCAUUGAUGAUCUUUUCCUUGCAGCACAGAAGAUUCCUGGCAUCACAUCUACAGGAGUCGGUGAUGGAGGCAAUGAACUUGGGAUGGGCAAAGUCAAGGAGGCCGUGAAGAAGCAUAUACGAAAUGGGGAUGUCAUCGCCUGUGACGUGGCAGCUGACUUUGCUGUUAUCGCCGGUGUUUCCAACUGGGGCGGCUACGCCUUAGCCUGUGCGCUGUACAUCCUGAACUCAUGCGAGACCCAUGGGCGUUACCUGAGAAAGGCAGUGGGGCCCCCCAGGGCUCCUGGGGAGCAUAGCUGGACUCAGGCCCUCCCCUCUGUCACUAAGGAAGAAAAAAUGUUGAGCCUCCUGGUGCAGCAUGAGGUCCGGAGCGGCGUCACAGGCAAUGUGGGCAUGGAGGUGGACGGGCUGCCCUUCCACGGCACCCACGCACAGAUGGUCCAGAAGCUGCUGGACGUCACUGCAGUGCAGGCCUGACCCUGCCCACUGAGUGGCGUAGAGAGCAUACCAGACCCACUCCCAGGCCUGGGGGCGGUCCCCAAGGACCCCUAGCUUCCUCCACAGCAGCAAUACUGGCCCUGGGUGAGCGGUCACCUCUCACGGGCCUGGGGCCCCACACCCCCACUUUCUAGAGGGGACAGGACAGAUGCUGUGGCCCAAGAAAGACUUUCCUCUCCUUUGGUGUUUCAAGUUUUGGCUUUUAUUCCUCAAGUGCUACAGGCAUUGAUUCCAACCCUCCUUCACCCCGGCUUCUUCCGGUUACGCCCCCAGUCUGCUCAGAGACUCUUCUGACCAAUCACUCAGGGGGACACCAGUGAGCAAUAACUGCCAGGCAGACACAACAGUGGGUGCACCAGGGCCGUGAAUAAUCCCCCAGACUAACUAAGAAAUAGCAAAGUGUACAAAUGCCGUGUUGUGAAUAUUUAUGAAACUCUGGGAUUCCACCAAAGGUUUACUCAUCACCACCACCACCAAAAUAUUUAUACCUUUGAAAUGCUCUUUCCAGCCUUUUGUUUACUUAAGAGUGCCGUUGAAUUUUGCAUUCGUGACUAUUGCCACUCCCCUGCCCCUACCUCCCUCUACCCCCAUAUCUCUUGACCCUCUGCCUCGGAGCCUGCCAUUCUUCCACCUCGGCCACCUCUCCCCCCAUUCUGUUCACCUCCAGCCCUGAGCUGAAUGCCUUGGCCUUCCUGCAUUGGGGCUCAGUCAUACUCCUGGAGCCUGGGGCUCAGGCAGCACCAUCUCAACCUAGUAGUCACAUGGGUGAGAGUCCACCAGACACCCUUGGUCACGUGCCCUUAUCUCCUUCACAAGCGCCCAGCACCUACUUCCCAUCCGAGUUACAAGCAGCGAUGUCACUGACCACAGCCCAUUACACGCACACAAUGAGCCAGCCCAACGCCUGUGCCGGGCCAGCCUGAGUGAUGGUGGGCUCAUGGGGUGGGGGAUGGGGGGUUGCUCCUUCUUCCCUGCUCGGUGUUUAUUGGACCUGCUUAAUUUCAUUUCCUUAAGCAUGCCCAGUCUGAUUGCUCAAAGGGCACUAGCUGUGGAGCACAGGACACACGUGUUGUACAAUCACCCCACGCUGGGUAGCUUCAUGGUUGAUUCAGGCAAAUGAAAAAGGAAUCCUGGAGCCUCAGGUAUAUCUGACAUGCUGAAGCAGGGGACCGCGUACACAGGCAGACCAGCAGGCAGGCAGCAACCGAGUCCCCCAGCCCCCGCAAUCUCCCACUUCUUGACCCGAGAGCCCAUAUCAUAGGUGUGUGUGCCCCAUGCUCAUGCUCCUAAGCACCUUCCCACCACACGGUGUCACAUGCGGGUAAUGAAGCCAGCAGGCAAACAGCCGCAGGUGGCGGCGCAGAGGCUGGGGCGGAGAGGCCUGAGUUACGCUGUGCUCCCUACAACAUGCUAUAGAAGUGACCUCACUUAAGUCACAGACAGGUUCUUGGAAAUUGCAACUUUAAGCAAAAUAAUUUAAAAGAAAAGCAGAUCCUCCAACAGUGUAGUUUGUCCACGUAGCCCCAAAUUGCUCUUUUCUCAUCAAGUUUAUAAAGAAAUGUUACCAAACAACUUCAUUCCAGGACUGCUGUACACUCAACAGCCGAGCUAAGUGUAAAGUGACCUGCGGUGAAUGUCCAGGGCUCCCACAGGGUGUGGUGAAGCCCCUGGCUACAAGCAACUGGGGUGGGGUCUGCUCAGAAGCACCCCCCUCUCCCCCCACCCCACCCCCGCUGCACACACACACACAAGGCUGCAGUCCUGUGCCAGGGCCUCUGGGCUGAAAUGCCCUUGGUAAUGAACUCAGUCCCUCCAACUGCGACCCCUCAGGGCUCAGCUAACUGCCUCAGCUUUAAGCGUCACUAGCCCAGUCUCCCCCCAUUAUAACUUGUAUCCCAGAUUUGGGGCUGCAGAGCUCUGUAUAACGGGAAUUUUUCUUUGAGAAACACCCUGACGUUUUAAAUCUUCAUGACUGGAUGAGGAAAAACUUCACUCUGGUCAAGUUGCCAGUGCUCUUCUGAGUCAUCUUUGGGGGAUGACGCUAAAGGGGCAUUGGUUUUGCAAUAGUAGAACUCUAUCCCAGCAUGGACAACUUUGAGGCAUGGUGAAAGGUAACUUUAGAAGUUUAUGGGGGAGAUAUUAAGUUAUUGGUGAAAGAGAGAGAGACCCAGGUAGAACAGAGGAAGCUGAGUAGGGCCUUAGCUCAGGAGUAAGCAUCCAAACCCCUACCCCCUGCAGGGAGAGGCAAGCUGAGAACCCUAAAUCAGACACUAAGGUGAAAGCAAGAGCUAGGAAAAGACUUCCUAGCAGGGUCCAGCAGAGACCACUGGGGCCCUGAGAAUCCAGGGUCGUUUUAUGCUUUUCCAUUCUGCAGUGAGUCCUGUUCAGGUCUUUGGUAACAUUUUGCCCAAGUUCACCCUAGUCUUGGCUAUGCUUUGGGGGCAGCCUGGUGAGGUGGCUACCGCCUGGAGAAGCUGGUCACAGGGACAGGAUAAAACCUCUAGGGAAUGGUGGCCCAGGGUGAGACAGUCAACAGCUUUGUUGUGCAACCACCCAGGACAGGUAGGUUAAUUUCGAUUUUCGCAGAUGAAGAGAAUUUUGGAGCCCUUGGUAUCAUUUUACAGGCCUUUAACGCUAAAUCAGGGAACAGACCAGCCAGCAGGGAGACAGCAGCAAAGACCCCUAGCCCCAGAGACGCCGCUGUGAGCACCCAUGCUGAAGAGCCCCUUUUAUCCCUCCCGCUCCUCAGUCCAGGUGUCAGUAAUCAUAGGCAUGCGUGCCCAGGCCCACGCCUCUCAGCCCCUGGCAUCCACACAACCUAGGAGCAUGCAAGACUGCAGGUGGUAGCCAUAGAGGCUGGGGGUGGGGGUGGGGGCGAAAAAAGCCUGAGCUACUCCAUCUCCCCUACCUGUUUCUACCAGGAUGGAUUUGUGGGACACAUGAGCCUCCCUAGGCAUUUCCCAGAAUACUGGGGGAUGAAUCAUAUUAAACUGUACCUGGGAUGGUCUCUGGAUACCCAAGGGCAUACUGGAAACCUUGGGUACUUCAAGAUGUUCUUGUUCCACAGACGUUGCAGUUAGGAGCCAGGAAAGUGAGUCAAUGAAGGGGUCAGGCUCUGCAGUGCCCUGGCUGUCCUCUGGCCAUGUGCCUCCCAUGGCUCAGCUGAGCCUGCAUCCCUCUGAGUCAUCUCCUGCCUGUCAUGACCCAAGUCUGGCUGCUCGCCGCCCACCUUAGUCCAGCCACUGUAUUCCGCUCCUCUCUGCCCAUUCCGUAUGGUUCCACUAAUUCCAUAAAGAUGUCUACUCUCAAAUUCAAGCACCACACUGGUCCAGUCAGAAAGGAGAUGUGGUGUAACACCAGCUCACUUGAACUCUUCAUAUGUCAGCGAUUGAUGUACUGGCCAGAAAAGUCAAUCAUUGAUAGGAGCGGGAGGACUAAAGGCCCCUUAUCCUCAAUACAGGUCAGACUCCGGCUUCAGAUCCCAGUGUUGGAACCAAAGACACUUAGCCGGAUGUGGCUAAGUGGCAUGCUCAUUAAGAAACAAAAGAUUGGCUUUCCUGCCCACCCAUGACUAUGCAAGUGCCUCUCUUUUUCUUUCUCCUUUUCCUAAUGAACCGUUUUAAAAUGUAAACAAACAAAAGAUCCAAGUGUAAAGUUUUGCCUAAUUAUCUAUCUUCCUAAAAACAGGAAAUUGCUGGUGGUCUGGGAGGUGGGAAAUACCCUUAUCGUCCCAGACUAAGGCUGGCAAAAUCUGUCUGGGAUGCCUUUGAAGAUGAACCCUGCAAAAUUCCUUGUUCUUUAAAUUGUGAAGUUCUUUGUUCUUUUUGUACUUCCUAUUUUAUUGUUCCCUUUCUAGAAACUACAGAACUUCACUGGAAUGACCAGAAGGGUGUCAUAUUCUGUGAGCCUCCUGAGCAUGUCAUUAAAAUUUAUCUUUU